CUUUAGUGUAUACAAAAUAAAUAAGAAAAUAGUGAAAGCUUAAUUGCCAAGUAGAAGCUAAUGAAGCAUAAUGCCUUUUAUUAUAACGACUGACUGAAAAUAAUUGCGACAAUUUAUUCAUACGGCUACGGGUGCUUCCCGCUUCAAGUAUAAUGAAUCGUUAUAUUACACUCUCACAAUUGGGUGAUGGCACAUACGGCACAGUGGUGUUAGCUCAACGCAAGGACACUGGCGAAAAGGUGGCUAUCAAACGUAUGAAACGAAAAUAUUACUCCUGGGAGGAGGCGAUGAAUUUGCGAGAAGUCAAGUCACUCAAGAAACUCUCUCAUCCCAAUAUUGUAAAACUGAAGGAAGUCAUACGCGAGAAUGACACGUUAUAUUUUGUUUUUGAAUAUAUGAAAGAGAAUUUAUAUCAAAUGAUUAAGGAUCGUGACACACAUUUGCCAGAACCGACGCUCAAAAGUAUACUGUUUCAGGUACUCACCGGCUUAGCGUUUAUGCACCGCCAUGGAUUUUUUCAUCGUGACUUGAAGCCGGAGAAUUUACUUUGCUCAGGACCGGAGCUUAUUAAAAUUGCAGAUUUCGGCUUAGCACGCGAGGUACGUUCGCGACCGCCAUUCACGGACUAUGUGUCGACAAGAUGGUAUCGAGCGCCAGAGGUGCUGCUGCAUUCUACAAACUAUGGCAGUUCCAUAGAUUUAUGGGCAAUGGGUUGCAUCAUGGCGGAGCUCUACACAUUUCGGCCACUCUUUCCGGGCAGCAGUGAAGUGGAUCAGCUGUUUAAGAUUUGUUCUGUUUUAGGAACGCCAGAGAAGGGAGAAUGGCCUGAAGGUUAUAGACUCGCUGCUACGAUACACUUUCGUUAUCCGGAAUGCAUCAAAGUGCCGCUUAAUACGAUUGUGACACGCUGCAGUCAGGCGGGCUUGGAUUUGUUGGAGGACAUGCUGCACUAUGAUCCUGAUAAGCGACCCACGGCGCAGCAGAGCCUUAAAUAUGCCUACUUUCAUGCGCUAAAGCGUAUCUCACCCACGGCGGCGGCGAAAGCUAACGUCAAACUUACGGCCAAAUAUGCGGCAGCGGCUCCUGCUGCCAAUACAAAUGCAACAACCAAUGCGAAUAUCAAUGGCAGAAAUGCGGGGCAAUUGCCGAAUUUAUCGAAUAAUGUGCUUCCGGUUCAGGAGAAACUACAAGCGGUUACCGAGCUGUUGCAGCAAGGUAAUCGGCAGCAUAAUAAUAGCAAUACCAUAAAUGCCAAUAAUGCGGUAAAUGCAUCGUUGAACAACAACAACAAUCGCGGGUACAACAACAUAUAUGCUAGACGUACGAUAAUUCCAUUGGCACAAAACCCCAACCAAAUGCAAGCGCCCAAAAUCAGUUUCCUAUCAAUAAAUGGUGGUGAUGCGACGCGCACCACAAUGCCUGUACAAAUGGCAGCAGUUAGUACGCAACAGAACUUGCAUACCAACAACGGCAUGCCAUCAAAUGCCGUCAACAACGCCGCCAAUCGGCAAUUCCGUGAACAACUUGAAGAUAGUCUCUCUAUAAAAAGCGGUUCCAUACGCUACAAUACAAUACUAGCGCCCGCCAGUCACAUAUAUCUGAACGGUGGCGGUGAUGCUGCGCUCCACAAGCGUUCACAGGAGAACCUCGCAUUUACCGAGUCCAUAAACGAUAUCUACUUGAAUCGCAACACCGGUCAGCUGCAUCCGCCACAACCGCCAAAUGUUUCUUUCAAUAACAGCGUUAAUCCUGUAGGAAAUAUUAAAGCCGGUGUCAUCUAUUUGGCGAAUGGCCAUCGAAAUUAUGCACUCUUUGAGACCGCCACAAAGAAUGCUAAAAAUUCGGCGAAAAUUAAUAACUAUUACCUGCAGACACGUCCAAGCUUAUUGAACCUCGAUGCAGUUGGUAAGGAUGCGAAGGUCUAUAAUAUGUUCUCCAAGGUGGUGCCCAAACAAGCGCCACCAAGCAAUCUAAUUAUGCGUAAUGCAUUCGAACCGAAUGGGGAUAGCAAUGAUUACAAAACAAAUAAUGAGCAAACCGUGGAGAAACCACUUUUCGAGCGUCUUGGUGGCGACAAAAAGUCGACCUUGUCGAACGAUCGAAAUACGGCGCUUAGUAAGGACGAUGAACUCGAUCUUAUAUUAGGUUCGAAAAUCAAAACAUCAGCCAAACGUCAACGUCAACGCAAUGGAAAAGCAAAUAUUUUGCUUGAAGAUCUCUUCGGGCAUCUAUCGCUCGAUUCGGAUAGCGAAACAACAAAGUAUCCAAAUACAGUUCCAUUAACGAUGCAACAACAACAAACAUUAGCGGAACGUAACUCCAAUUUGCCAAAUGGUUAUUCCAAUGAGACUUCAUUGACGGAGAAGAGUAAGGUGUACAUACCCAGUAGCAUUGAAGUAAAUAACGGUAGUUAUGCUGACUCGCUGUCGACAAAUGCUUCUAGUAUAUCUAAGGAUUCACUUGACCCGCCCACAGAUGAUGAGUGCCAAUUUUGGCCCAUUAGAGUUGAUCCACAGUCCGUUGAGCAGACAAAAGCAAAAAUGCAACCAUGGGACGGUACGAAUAAGACCGAAGAUGAAAAAUUGACGGCWUGGAUGGUUGCGGAAAAUGGCUCUUUGCUUGAGAAGAAAAUUCUAAAUGGACUCAACGAUAAAAACAGUUCCGAAUGGAAUACAGCGUACCUUAAUUAUUAAGCCUAAACAAAAGCAAGUAGAAUAACUAAUAACUAAUAAUCUAAAAAAGUGGAAGGAAGGAAGCAACGCAGUGUCCGGAAAGUGGCGAAAAGUUGUGUGAGCUGAAUUGUCAUACAAAAGUUUGUGCUGUGAUAAACUAAAUGAACAUUCUAAAAUUCAAUAAACAAAUUAAAAAUUC